AUGGAUUCCCCCAUUACCGUAUCUUCCUACGAUUCGGAUACCCCUAGUGAUUACUACCACCUGCAGCAUCCAGAAUUCCCCUGGCGAAUCAAUGCACAGCUUGAUGGUUCGGCUCCCAACUUGAAUAUUGCAACAACCCCUCACAGGCCCUCAAAAAGAAGAAGGCUGCAUGAUUUAAAUGACACCAACCUGAAUCCAGCUUCAAUUGACUCGUCUGCAUCUUUAGGUCCUAAUUCGACGUCAAGCCCCCCGAGGUUGCCAACGCAGAUUGAACAUUCAGCGCAGAAUCACAUUGCCUCUGGUUCGGAUACUAGUGGGAUAUUACUGAGCCAAAUCCUGGAGAUAUUCCCUGAUAUCAGGCUCAGUCACGUUAAGGAACUAAUUACCCGCCAUCAAAACACUUUGUCCAGGCACAGCGAACACGCAAUUGUUCAUCCUCAAGGUUCUCAAAUGCAAUGGAUCAAAGAUGCGGUACUCGAGGAGAUUCUUCAACAGCAGUCAUAUCCAAAGCAAGAAAAACCCAAGAGGCAAAAGGAAGAUGAUGGCGACGAAUAUGAGAAAUGGGCAAAUGAUACAUCGCAUCUAGAGAAUGCUGCGUAUUCUCAACAAGCGACGGCAAUGUUGGCCAAAGAGUUUCCCUCCAUUCCUAUGCAUCAUAUUCGAAAGGUUAUCGGUGAAAAGAAACACCUUUAUGUUUCCUACCUAGCCCUCUUUGCUGAGGAUAACAAUCUCGACCGGUCACAGGGGCCUUUUGAAAGGCUGAAGAAGAAGAGACCUUCUACGAAUGGUAAACGCAAGCGCUCGGCCUCUGUUGAAGAGGGAUUCGUUCCGGAUGAGCUAGCAUGGGAGAUGAAUGCUGCGAAAAGAAAAGGCGAAAAGAUGGCCGCUGCUUUACAAAUGGAAAAGGACAAAGAGAUAGCAGAAAAGCUCAACGAAGAAGAACACAUUCAAACUGGCAAUCUUAUAGAGUGUCAGUGCUGUUACAUUGAGGCCCCAGCAAAUAGAUGCCUCCCUUGUGACGGAGAUACUAUCCACUUCUUCUGCUUCACCUGUCUUCGCAAAUCAGCAGAGACCCAAAUUGGCCUUAUGAAGUACACGUUACAAUGCUUCGAUGUCAGUGGUUGCCAGGCUAAAUUCUCGCGCUACCAGCUCACUGAAGCGCUGGGGCCGUCAAUCAUGGAAAGGCUUGAUUCUCUCCAACAACAAGAUGAAAUCCGCAAAGCCUGUCUGGAGGGCCUUGUAGACUGCCCGUUUUGUUCUUUCAAGGCAGUAUGCCCUCCGGUAGAAGAAGAUCGAGAAUUCCGCUGCACCAAUCCUACAUGCGAGGUUGUUAGUUGCCGCUUGUGUAAGGAACGAAGUCAUGUGCCUUUGACAUGCGAGGAAUCCAGAAAGGAAAAAGGUAUUUCAGGACGUCACGAGGUCGAAGAAGCCAUGAGCAAGGCCAUGAUCCGCAACUGCCCCAAAUGCCAGUUGAACAUCGUCAAGGAAUAUGGGUGCAACAAGAUGGUAUGCCCCAGGUGCCAUACGGCGAUGUGCUAUCUUUGCAAGAAAGACAUCUCCACUGAGAUGUACAACCAUUUUGGACAAGGCCCUAAUAUCUGCCCUCGGGAUGAUCCGACGUGGGACCGCGAGCAAAAGGAGGUCCAGCAGGCCGAGAGGGCAGCCAUUGAUAAGGUCCUGGCAGCGAAUCCUGAGAUGACAGAGGCCGAACUUCGAAUCCAGCAUCCAAAGGACAAGGCCAGUAAAUAUGCCUACCAAGCUCCGUAUGUGCUCCCAGGGCAGGUGAUACACCAACCCAUACCAAGAGCAGCCUUGGCGCAAGAACAACUUCAGCUCCCGCCCCAUGACUACCUGCAAAACCAUUACGCCCAAGCGGCGGGGAUACGGCCAGCAGUACCCCAGGACCGGAAUCCGAAUCCAACCCCCCAGGGAGUGAAUAUUCACGGGUACGGUGGCGUCACGCCGAUGACAACCCAGUUGAAUGCUGCCCCGGCGGCUAUCCACUAUAAUGAUAUUAAUAUUAAUACGAAUCCCCCUGCACCUGCACCUGCACCAAACCAUCCACCCAGAAAUUUUGUUGGCGCUGAUCCUGAUCUGUUGCUAAGGGACCCAUUCACAUUGGCCCCGCUUCCAGUGGCAGCGCAGGGCAAUCAAGUCCACUAUGCGCCGGGGAUGUUGCCACCAGGCGGACAACUCCCAUUCUAA